UUUUUCCGAGCCCUUCGCUUUGAACAACUUUGAACUAAAAAACUGCACAUGCGCACAGAACCGUUGCUAGGGGAUGCCAGGGAUGCCAAAUUGCCAUGCUGCCCUACUGCUCCGCUCUGAUUGGUCCAGCAGCAUCCACCAAUCGCGGCGAUUGUUUACUCCAUUAUUCGUUACAUUCCUCCGUAGGUCAGGUGUCUUCUGCAUGCAAAAACCGGCACGGUGCAACGCCGCCAGCAGCAUUAUGUUACACACCGAACGUUCGCCAUUAGCACCACACACUCAUAGGCACAGGAGAGCGAGCGGGAAGCAUAAAUUCUUCCUGCCCAACGGGACGAUUCUCAGAGCCGGUUAAACCUUCCACACAGGUGGAUCGGGAUUUUGAAUUUCGCAAAAUCAAAGUGUUGUGUCGGACCAUCUCAUCGUUGCCAAAAUGCUCGCCGAAAGUGGUCCGAUGGCCAGCAACGAGCUGCACCUUCCGUACAGUAGUAGUGAACCACCGCCCGGGCCCGGUUCUACCGCGUGUGAACCACCGAUAGUGAACCGGCCAUUAUCGCCGCGAAAGUUCUUCGAGCGACUGUACGGUCACCUCGAGCGGGAUGAUAAACGUGCCACCAACAACAACAACGGUUCUGCCAACGGCAGCAGUGAUGAAGUGCGCGAUCGAAACGUGCACGUGACAGUGACAAAGGCUAGUGAUCCGUGUGCUCUUAUUGAUGAAACCCACCGAUACCACCAUCAUGACCACAAUUCUUCUAGUAAUUCGCAAAAAUCCGUCUCAGUGAACAGUUCGAUCAGUUCCGGCAGCCCGCGUUCCUCGCUCGCAGUGGACAUUGAGGAAGAUUCGUCGCAGGAUGCAAGCAUUGGCUCACCCGGACUACAACCCGGCGGCGGUGACCACCCUCGACAACCGCCGGCUUACCCCCCAUUGCGCCAUUACGGUAUCACUUCCUCCUCCUCCACAGCUUGUGCUUCCGAAUAUCCGGUCCCCACGACGAUAGGUGGCCAAUGUUACGGAUUUUUGGCAGUCACUCCACAACAGUCAUCCUCCGCCGGUGUUUUACCGGUGCCGGCACCCCAUUUGACGCAACCGGGUGACCCGGCGUUGGUGGGAGGAUUGCAACAUCGGCCGCAACACGGCAGUAUGGCCGUGUCAACGUUCUUUUCGUCCACGGGAGGUGCAGGCGGAGGUGGUUAUGGGCCUCCUUCCUUUCGGCCGUUUUUUGGUAUCGCACACGAUGGACCGCAGCUGCCGGCGGGAUUGUCCGCUUUUCUGGCCAGACGUCGCAAAAAGGAAGGACGUCCACGCCGCCAGCGCACCACGUUCAGCAGCGAGCAAACCCUCCGACUGGAGGUGGAAUUUCACCGAAACGAAUACAUUUCCCGAGGCAGACGGUUCGAGCUGGCGGAAGUGUUGAAGCUUUCCGAAACACAAAUCAAAAUAUGGUUCCAGAAUCGUCGCGCGAAAGAUAAGCGCAUCGAGAAGGCACAAAUCGACCAGCAGUAUCGGACAUUUGCCGCUGUUAACGGCUUGCUGACUCCAUUCAGUCCUCAGUAUCCUGCAGCGUUGAUUGCAACGCACCACCAGCAUCAGCAGCAUCCUUCUCAUCUUCAUGAGCAGGCGCAGGAGCCACAGCAGCAGUUUCAGCAUCAACAACUAGUGCCAUCUUUAACACCAACCAUUAGGAGAGAGAAUCAAAGGCCGAGUCAGCAAACCAAACGGUACGAGGACCGUGACCGUCAAGGAUCGCAUAACAGCGGUGAAGGUGGCGGCGUAGGUGAUAGUGAGAAAACUGAACGAUGAAUCUAGAUUGGGCUCUAGCAUUCAAUUUGGGCGGUCGACUUCAACAAAAGGGUUUAACAAGAAAGGGGUAAAUAGCAAUUUCAGUUAAAAAAUAUAAAAAGCUAAAGUAGACAUUUCGAAACAGAAUCAUCAAUCUGAGAAAGGUGCUAUUUUGAUUUCGGUUACUCACGGUCAGAAAUAUGCGUUUCGAGCAGAAUGUUGGUCUAACAAUCCCCUUCGAACAGUCGAUCGUUUGAACUUUUGUUUUCGGAUUUAUUAACUUCAGUUGCCUUAAUUUCUUCAUUAAAAAAGCUCCAUUUUGUUGGUUAUUGUGCUUGAAGUUUAUUGAUAAAAUAUAGAUUAAUGUGUAUAUAUAAUGUUCCAACACUUACUCAAACAAAGACAAUAAAUGUACUACACAAAAAAGAUCACUGGGAUCAACAGGAAAAACACAAAUUCAAAAACAAAAUCAAACUUACCGAAACUUUGUCAAGUCCAUCCCUCCACCUUCACAGUCUCCUCAUGCCAAUGCAAGGAUGAACACACAAAGUAAGUAUUGUAAUCAACCUACCUGCUAGUUCCGCCGCCAUUGCGGCCACCAGCAUUUGAGGGCACAUAGCAUACAUAGGACGCCAUUGCGGCACAGCAUUUUAGCAUACAUAGGACGAAAUUUAGAUUUAACAUAAUAGCACACAGGAUGUAUGUGUGUCGAAAAACAAUACGAACACACCAAUGGAACCUAUUGCACGCACACAUGAACACAAUAUAGAAAGCGAGUAUAAAAUACAGAACGGCAACACAUACUGGUGGAUUACAUUAAAAAGAGGGUAAAAUAUAGUAGAAAGAAAAUUAAAAUGGUGAAAAGAAAUAGAAUUAAAUUAAUUAAAUUCAAUUGAUUGUAAAGUGUUAACAACGCGCGACAACGCCUGCCAUCGUGUAGAAGAAAUGUGUUAGAAAGAAUAUGAUCAACAUAAGCGCAAACAAGAUUUAAGCUCCAUUCUUAAUGAAUUGGGGUUUCCGUCUGCAAAGCGGACGACAUUAGUAACAUUGCAUUCAUUUAAAAUGAAGUGUUUUGCCGACUCGAUCUAGUCGAAAUUGAUGCUCAAUGACAAGCCAUCUCCUUGUUAAGAUAGACUGAAAAACGACAUUAAAAAUGAUUGUCCAUUUACGACAGGGAAUUCGGGUUAGUGCAGAAGGGACGAUGUGCACAGGAAGACUCAAUCAAACUUCCAAUUCCAAAAGGAUAUAUCCUAAUGAAAAGAUGGAAAAGACUGGAAACAUUGCUAAAUAAUAUUUCGAAACUCCUUACAUGGUCUGAAUUCUAGUUUCGUUCCAUACACCUACCCCCUCCUAGGAUAUAGUGUGCAAUCUGCUAAGAAUGUGAAAUCUACCAAACUUUAGUAUUGAAUUUAAAAGGAAAGUGGCGUCAAAACGCUAAUGAACGUUUUAGUAAAAUGGAAAAAAACCAACAUCUUCUUCCUGAUUUCAUAAUGUAUAACAUCACCAAUCGAAAAACCGAUAUCAAGCGCUUGUCCCUUCCCUCUAUAAUGCUACUUCUAAACAAAUACAUAAUUACGGAGCGGUUGGUGCAGUUAACAUAGUAGAACACAACACUACCACAAAAGACGUCUACCAUAUCCUUCUGCUGCUGUUGCUGUUACUACUAAGCCUAGCAGUGGUGUUGAUCGUCAUCCUGUGCUGGCUACGGCCCCUUGGAUCCGUCUACAACUGAUGCUUAUUUUCUCAUCAUAUCCUGUUCCUCCGCAUAUAUCUCCCUGUAAGAAUGCUUGAAUAAUAAGUGAAACGGAAGAAACGACGUGGCCACCUUUUCUGGUACUGGAGAACCCUCGCUUCCUUUCUUUCUGACAUACAAGACACACACAUACACACACACUCACACACAACUACCGAAAAAACUGGCCGAAUAUCCUUCGCUCCUUUUAAACCCUUCCACCUCUCCCUUUAAAGGAUAACGAUCGAAGAACAUUACAUUUACCCACACUCACACACUCACACCCUUCUGCAAACUUCUUCUCUCAUCCUUUCAGCUACUGAAAUACUCAUCCAAAAGAAAACUCACGAUCAAAUAGUUACGAAAUGCGAAAUACUAAAUAGAUAUACGGACGAUUCUAUACUCUUUUCUAAUUUAUUUUUGUUUUACUGCGACAUGAUCUUACUCUCAAAAGAUGCUUCUUCUCCAGCUAUAGCUUGGUUUCGUUUUUGUAUUUGUUUUGUUUUGUGUUCCCUCUUUCUCCUCUCGCACCGGAGAGAUAAUUAUUAUAAUUAUUAGGGGGGGUUGGUAGGUUAUACACGUGAAUAUGCUGUUGUACCAGAAAAAAAAACUAAAAUAAACGGGGCACAGGGGGUGGUUUUAGCAAGGUUAUUAUGUUGUGUGGUAUCUCUAUCGA